CGUGGCGGCGCGGGGAAGCGCGGGGCAAGGGGCGCCGCGCACGGGGAGGAGGGCCGCCAUGGCUGACGAGAUCAGCAAGGCUCAGGCCGCCCGCCCGGGGGGAGACACGAUCUUCGGGAAGAUCAUCCGCAAGGAGAUCCCCGCCAACAUCAUCUACGAGGACGAGCAGUGCCUUGCGUUCCAUGAUAUUUCACCUCAAGCUCCAACACAUUUCCUAGUGAUUCCUAAGAAGCCAAUUGUCAGGUUAUCUGAAGCAGAAGAUUCCGAUGAAUCUCUUCUUGGGCAUUUAAUGAUCGUUGGCAAGAAGUGUGCUGCUAACCUGGGCCUGACCAAUGGAUUCCGGAUGGUUGUGAAUGAAGGGCCAGAGGGUGGGCAGUCUGUCUAUCAUGUACAUCUCCAUGUUCUGGGUGGUCGUCAGUUCGGCUGGCCUCCUGGCUAAGAGUUUUACACCACAAGAGUUCUAACUGCAUGCGUACAAAUUACCACCAAAUAGGUUUAAUGUGUCACCCAUCAAUCUAGCCACUGUUAAUGUAAUUUUUUUAGAAUGUGGAUCUACAAAGGGUCAUAAAUGCUCUGAACAACCUUUGCACAAUAAAGAUUUAGCAUGUGGGAAUCA